UUCUCAGUUUCUCUUCUUCUCAUCACUGCACUGGGAAUCUGUCUGCCACCUUUCUCCUGCAGGAAGAGGAGGUGACCAUGGAAGAGGACAAGGAUACCCACCUGGGGAUGAAGCAUUUUCCUCUGCUGUGGCCUCUUCCCAGGCUCCGCUCUCAUAGUGAUACCUCCGGCUUUCGCUCCAGAGUGCUGUUCAGGCUCCGGGGAGCCCGCUCAGUUGACGGGUUGGAGAAAUCACCAUCACUGCCCGGCUGUGACGUGGUGGUGGACAGUGCCACCAAUACCCAGAAUGCCGCUGGACCAAGGCAGCAACGAGGCAAGCUGUCGUCACUAGGAAAAAUCUUCAAACCCUGGAAAUGGAGAAAGAAGAAGACCAGCGACAAGUUCCAGGACCUUUCCAAAGUUCUUGAGAGGAAAAUCUCAACCAGACAAACGAGGGAGGAUCUGAUCAGGAAAGGUGUACUCAUGCCUGAACAAGAUGAACCAGUCAACAGUGAAAAUCUGAAUGGCCAUGCCACAUCCACUGUGACAUCAGAGGAGGUGAAAGUUGACAUCGAGUCAACAGAACCACAUCUGGAGGAACAGGCUACGGGACCAGCCAGCACUGAGGAUGAAACAGCCAAGUCUUCUCAUUCAAAGAAGACAGGAUGCACAACAAAAACAACCUCUUCCACUACCCCUCGUUCUCGUGCGUCUAAGGAUGCAGGUGGCACAUCACAGACUAAUGGGACAAAUACAAAGACCAACCGGAAAGCAGAAACUCGCAUCUCUUCCUCUGUACCUCAAAAGGCCUCCACAGAGACUCCUAGCCAGCCUGGGGAGUUAAAAUCCUCGCCUCUUUCCUCGGACAUCCAGCCUGGCUCAUCUAAAGCCUCUGAGGCGGAGGGAACUCAGGCUACUUCUCAGUCUGACCCACAGUCUAAAUCUGCAGGUGGCGAGGCUCAGAGUGGCAUGGCUCUGGAGCCCAGUGUCCAGUCUCCUCAUAUCAACACUGCUAUAGAGGACACUUCCUUCACAGUGGGAGAAACAGUCAGCAGCUCAGAGGGGGAGAAACAGGGGAGGACGGGAGGGGGGGGAGCAGAAGAAGAAGAAAAGAAAAAAGGAGAAGUGGAGUCUGCUGGAGAGAAUAGCCCAAGGUCAGCUGAGGACCACGCUGAAAAUCUGCAUGGCCAUAGUGUGAACGUAGAGGACGCCAAGGUGACGGUGAUCCCCGACAGGCCGAGAUACAGCCAAACUAGCGACUCGGACUCUGAUGGACCAAUCCUGUACCGCGAUGAGGAGGAAGAAGAGGAGGAGGAAGACGAGUACACUAGCAGCUCUCUGGCCAUCAAGAUCCGCCGACGAGACACCUUGAACAUCAAGCUGGGGAACCGACCCAGCAAGAGGGAGCUGGAAGAGAAAAACAUUCUGCCGCGGAGCUCCGUGACAGAGAGACAUGAGCUACGCCAGCAGAUAGGCUCCAAACUAGUCAGGCGCUUGAGCCAAAGACCCACCACAGAGGAGCUGGAGCAGAGGAACAUCCUCAAACAAAAGAAUGAAGUGGAGGAGCAAGAAGCCAAGCAGGAGAUUAAAAGGAGACUCUCCAGAAAGCUGAGUGUUCGGCCUACAGUGGCAGAGCUCAUUGCUCGCAGGAUCCUACGUUUUAACGAGUAUGUGGAGGUAACAGACGCCAAGGAUUACGACCGGCGGGCAGACAAACCCUGGACACGGCUCACUCCUGCUGACAAGGCUGCUAUACGAAAGGAACUGAAUGAGUUUAAGAGCAAAGAGAUGGCGGUUCAUGAAGAGAGCAAACAGUUCACCAGAUUUCAUCGGCCUUAAGCGCUCUCACUGCCAUCUGGAUGUCAGCAACACAAGCUCUCCGGUCUCUAUCUCCCAGAAGACCUUGAGAUCCACAAUACACAGAUCAGUCCACUCCGCUUUGGGAUGUUCUUACUCCUGAUGAUGUGUAUUUAUGUCUAUAGUAAGAGAAACAGGUGUGUCUUAAGGCUUUGGCCAUCUGUGGCCACCAGUGAAACAUUUGCACAUAUCUAUAUUCAAUACAGUGAUGUGUAUAGCGCUCUGAUUAGAACAAUUUAUUUAUUGUAGAUGGCCAGAACAUACUGGUAAAUGUUGUUUUUGUUAGUUUUUUUGUUCUUUGAUUCACCUUAGGCCUCAGGCAAUGAGAGAUUCGGUGAGGAAAAAUGGGCAAAAAUCACCAUUGUAAAUAUGAAUGAGGCCCAAGUGUACUAUUGCUUUUAAGUGAAUCACAAGGCAUGCCUUGUCAUGAACUGCCAAAUAGACAUAUAUGGGCAUCCUCCUAGGACAGGAAAUGGGGUGAUUGGGUGAUUGUGUGCUGAUGUCAUGGAUCAGAGGGGAGGGGAGGCAGUUUGUUUUGCUCCGAUGUGCCUCUCGGAGUUGAAUCUGAAAUACUGCAGUUCAUUUUUAGACAUGUUUAAAGUACAUUGCCACUAGAGGGCGUUGCAUCAUAAGAAUUAUACGCUGUAAAGAUGAAGAUGUGUUUGCAGAUGAAGAAUAACCUUUUAGUGUUAUAUUUAUGACUGCUGAAGCUGAGUGAGCAGUGGACACCUGGGGCUUUAACAGUGAAGUGCAAUAAAAAUCACACGAAUUCUGAUCCCUCAGCAUACCUCCUGAUGAUACAUGACGCUCAUGUACAUGCAUUUUUCUUGUGUUGAGAGACUCAGUGUAAAAUCCCUGCUCACAAAGUGUUGGACUUGCUAUUUUAGAGAUUCAAGCUUAAAAUUCAGUUUCUCUAUAUUUGGCUGGCGCUCUUACUCAGAGUGACUUGGUGCCAAAGAAUUAGCAAACAUUUGAUUGUACAUCGGUUCAUUUGAAGGUUGCUUGGUUUCAUUUAUUUGGUUGUGGACUUCAUAUAAAGGUUUAAUGAAUAGAGAACAGGCACUGAGAUUUCCACCACUAAAGCAAUUAACCUCUCGAAGAAAUGGAGGAGUACUUUUGAGUUCCUUAAACAUACUUUGGCCAUCUAAUCUGUCUGCCAGUUAUUUAAGGACAGACUUGCUGACAAGUGGGCCUCUUUACAAUUUGCCCUAACAUGCAACUGGAAACAAGCACUUAGAGAUCUGUUUCUAUAAACACAGUUUUGUCUUUUGCUCCCAAACUGUGCAAUGAACCAGAGACCCUAAAUGCACAGUUUGACAUUUUGGGAAAUACACUUACUCGCUUUCUUGCUGACGGUUCCACGAGCAGAUCGAUACCACUCUCAUCAGUAUGCUAAAUAGGAAGCUAGAGCCAGGAGAGGAGAUUAGCUUGCUUGUUAGCAGGUUGAAACAGCUUGCCCGGCACUAUGCAUUUUGGUUUUUGUACAGAUUCAACAAAGGAGAUUUAACAUGUUCAUUUGUAAGCCUUAGAGGUGCAGUCAGGCUUGAAGUUGGAUAACAGGUCUGCCAAACAUUUUGGCAUUCACACAGAGACAGAUCUUCAUGAAUGUUAUCACUCUUUACAUUUAGCAAACAUGCCUAUUGAGGGAUGAUUUAAUACUUCUUGAUUUGUCUGUUAGCAUGCCACAGUCAAUUAAUCAAUUUCAUAUUUUACUUCUCUUUGGGAUUAAAAUUGUACUUUGUAUGCAUUGUGUGUCUUUAAUAAGGUUUUUAUUGUAAUUACACAGUUGUAAAACAGUUUAAGAGUAUUUGCCUUUGUUUAAAUGUGCAGAUACACUGAAAUUUAGUGUGGUGUAGAUUUAUGGCUGAGGUUGUUUAGUCAAUUGGAUCUCUUUCCAUCUUUGGGGCAUUCAUAGAUUUUUUCGGCUGUUAAGUGGUCUGCCUGGACAAAAUCCAAAAACUUAAGAUGCGUGUUAAUGCAAAAUGUAAAGGUAAUCAAUUAAUAAUGAUUUGGUUUUUUUUGUGUGAAUGCCAGAAUAUUUGGCUGAGCUGUUAGAAAAAGAAAAGUGUGAAGUGAAAAUGUAGGACAGAUAUACAGGCAGAGAAUAUAAACCUAUUCUAGCUCUCAAACAUAUUUCCCUCCCAGCAUAUGCGACGUUGGCUUAAAAGUGAUUGACAGAUCCAGCUUGCUGACGUCCUAAGGCUUGUGUUGUCACAGUAGGCCUCCGACUUCCAUUUUUACAAAUAGAAACUAAAAAAGGACUUUAUACUCUCUGCUUCUGAAUGUGCAGAGGUUGGAACAUGAAACUAUGUACAGCGACAGAAAAGAACCAACGGUAUUCAUUCAUUUCAGUGUCUAUGUUGUUAUAUAAUGAUUAUUUUGUAAAAAAUGUAUAUCAAGCAUGUGCAUACAGUGAAAUCAGUUUUACUACCAACUUAAUACAAUAGAAUUUGAUGUAAAUGUUUUAAGGGUUAGGGUUAGUUGAUUUUAGUUGUCUUAUUUUUUUUAACUGUUAUCAUCCACCAGACACUGAUGAGCGGGUUCAGCAUGCAUAUAUUUAUAUAUAAGUGCUGUUUCCAGGCAACAUAUCAAACACAGUAUGUUGAAUAACUGCCAUGUCUUCACCAAAUAUACUUAUUAUUUCAUGAGAAAACCAUAAACUAGACAUUAUUUAGGUCAGCUGGUGUAAUGCAAUCGGUCUCUAAUGGAUUUUGUGGAUGGUGACAGAGUUUAAAAGCUAUUUCCAAUCCUUCCUGGACUUCAGUUUUAAUUUAUUUCUUCAUAUGACCAGAGUCACCUUUCACAAACUACAAAAUGGAAAUUAAAAAGGUUGAGAUAAUUGUUAUAAGUGUUUAAACAUGUUCAAAUUUAACUGAAUUAGUUUGAGGAUAUAAUCUUGUUUCAUCUGUAAACAAGUAAACAUGAGUUUGAUCAGUUCAGCUGGUGUUUAGCUCCUGCAGAGGUGAAAAUGGUUCACACCAACAGUAAAUACUGCAUUAAAGAGCAGACCGCUUCUAUUCAAGAUACACAAUAUGACGCAGGUUUGAUCCCUUUAUAUCUGAACAAACAUGAAUGUGCUGCUGUAGGGUAGGAUUAUUUCCCUGUCUUUAAACAAGGCAACAACUUAAUAGAGACAAAGUGUUUAUCUAGAUAGAGACAGAGAGAGUGUUUAUAUACUUUAUUUUAACCCCCACCCCACCGCCACCAACCCAUUCAGUGUAAGCACUAUAUAAUCAAUGUCAAUGAAUAGUUAAACACACUUUUUGCAUCUGUAAGCAACCAACCCCUUAUAUGAAGCCUCUAUAACUAUUGUAAGAAUACUGUUAUAUUAAUUAUUAAUAUAUUAUAGCAUAUAAUGAUACAUAAACAAGUUAAAGUGUGUUUUAAACCAUUUAUGGAGUGUUUAUAUACUGCUUAUAACUAAUAAAUGUGGGGAUUAAAAUAAAGUGUUACCAGGUUUAUCAAUGCCAACAAGAGCUUGUCGUUAUGGUGACUUUUUAGUAAUAAAACUACUUACAAGGAGUCCUCGUCUAGACUGUCACCUGAUCAACACUGACAUGUUUUUUAUGUAACUCUCAUGUAUCGUUCAACAUUUUAGUCCACAAUUAAGUAUAGCAGCUAGACUAAGCAGUUGAAAGUGUGAAAGAGCCUUGAUGGUUGGUGUUUAAUAAACAGUCAGUAUUAAUCACGAUGAGCGAGUCCUGUAAAAACUUUUAUGGCUGCAGUCUGUUUCAUCUCAUCUGUAUGGAAAAAUAAAAUAAACUCAUUAAAGAUCAUGAUCCAAAUAAGCUUUAAAAGUUAUUGCAUAUGCCACGUUUCUCUGUGUUGUUGUUAAAGUAUCAAACAUACAAUUCCUGCCAUUCAAUUUCCAGUAGUUUUUUAAAUGUUAUUAUUUUGCUCAAAUUCUGGUUGACUUGGUUUAAAAAUAUUCACACCCACACUUGCUGUUCUGGCUGCUGCGUUUAAAAUGUAAUGUUGAAGAGCUCCACCAGUUCCUGAAAAUGUUUACAUUUGCUGUUUUAAUGGUGCUUGAGGCUUCUUUUAUUACUUUCUCCAAAUGAAAUACUUAAUUUCUGAGGAGCCAUAAUCAGACUGCUGCUGCUGUUCAUAGAAAGCAUUUUAACAUAUAGUCUUUUUCUUGAUCAUGUGAAAUUCACAGGAAAGUAUUCUUGUGUUUUGCUUGAGAUUCACAAGUCAGUCACAUGUUUAACCGUCAAACUGUAACAACACGACGCUCAAAGCAGCUGAACAGAUUAUUUGCCCCAGGACUGAACAUUUCACUUAAUAUAAAAGAAUCAUCUUUUAAGUCAUACAACAAUGUCAUUUACUUCCCAAAACAGCUACUGUUAUGUCCAAACUGUGUAUAUUGUUUUUGUAUAUAAAGAAUCAUGAA